ACACCUCUCCACCGUCCUAAAACCCCCGGCUGCCCCCACCUCCUCCCUCACCAUCCAUCCCUUCCAUGGGCGACCGCGAGCGAGCUCGCGAUUGGGACCGCGACCGGGACCGGCGGCGGGACAAGGACGGCGACCGCGACCUCCGCGACCGGGGCCGCGACCGAGACCGAGACCGGGACCGCCGCGGCAAGCGGUCGCGCACGCCCGACCACGCCGCCCGCCCCCGUCACGGCCGCUCCCCCGACAGGUACCGGUCCCGCACCCCGGAGGACCGGGCCCACCGCCGCCACCGCAACCGGGGCAGCCCCUCGCCGGAGCACGAGCACGCGAGGAAGCGCCACCGCCGCGACUCGCCGCCGCUCCCGCCCCGCCCCCGCCCCCGCCGAGAGGGGCGACAGGGACCGGGAGAGGGCGGUGUCGGACUUCCUCGACGGGAUCGCGAAGGAGCAGCAGAGCAAGAAGGAGAAGGACGUCGGGGGAGCGGGGGGAGAGGAGGCGGGGGCCGCGGAGGACGAUGAGAUCGAGAUAAUGAAGAAGCUGGGGAUUCCGGUCGGGUUCGAUUCGACGAAGGGGAAGCCGGUGGCGGGGGCGGACGUGAGUGGCAUCAGGCCGGUGACGAAGCGGCAGCCGAGGCAGUACAUGAACAGGAGGGGAGGGUUCAAUCGGCCGUUGCCGGCGGAAAGGAACAGAUAGCUCCGAUUUGGAACAAUUCAAGGUCAAUUCUGAAGGACUAUUCAUGCUUAGAAUUUGUCGCCAGCAAGGUACUCAAAAGCCUUAAAGUUUACAUGCUUCAAAUUCAGCAGGGAGGAUGAACUUUCAUUUUCAGCAUUUUGUACCUGAUCUUGAAAUGUGGUUCUAGUUAUGUUGACCUCAGCAGUUGGCUAAUCUCUCCUGCUUUGCUAAGAAACGACGGAUGGUGAUUUGUCUUGACCAGAGAAUGAGGCGCGGUUGAGACCAUCUGAUUGUUUCUGAGGGAUGUACCCCCAGAAAUUAUCUGAACCAAAGUUGCAGGGCAGCAAGGGAAAACACUUUCAUAGAGUUAAAUCUGGUGAUUUGUCAUGGAAGUUGAAUAUUGUACUUAGCAGGUUUUUCCUGAGGUAAUUGGAUAAUCUAUCCUGCGACUGUUCUACUGCAUCAUGCACCUAGCGAACCAGGAGCUGUGCUAGAGGCGCUAGAACUUCUUAUCAAAAUUUCUUUACAUUGCUUCUGUGAUGAAUCUUGAUUUCUUUUAGAAACUA